AGGCGGAGGAAGAAGAGGGUUCUAGAAAAAGCAGACCUCAGCUGAGCCGCGAGCACAUUUUGAAGCCGCCGAGCGACUUCCCUUCCUACGCUCUCCCUCACGUUAGGACGAUCCAAGCAGUUGGGAGACAUGAUGAUGAUGGUGGUGGUGUGAAGCCGGCAUCAUCAUCAUCAUCAUCAUCCUCCUCCUCCUCCUCAGCGAAUGCGUCACUGCAUUCACACAACAAGCAGGAUUGUUCACUGCAACCACUCGCACUGUCCGCCAGGUGAGUCCAUGCACGUCCCCGCGCUGAGCCCCCAGCUGGAGCAGCACCGAGGCUGAAGAAAGAGCGGCCAUGACACCCUCCAGCUCUGAGGCCCCCGGCUUCCUCGGCCUCCUCUGGCCCCCCGCCGACAACCGCACCCGCGCCGAGCAGCUGGGCGCCUUCCCGCCGCUCUCGUCCACGCUGGCGCUGCUGGUGCUCGUGGCCGUGCUGGCGGGCAUCGUGCUGGUCUCCGUGGCGACCUUCCACUUCCACAAGAGGCGGCUCCAGAAGCGGAAGAUCCAGCGCGCCCAGGAGGAGUACGAGCGCGACAGCGGCAGCCCGGCGCGUGCCGCCGGCGCGGCGCCCGCCCGGCCUUGCGUCAUCGCCCGCCCGCCGCGCCGCACCGCGGAGGAGGAGAAGAUGGAGAGGGGGCGGGGCUUAGCGGAGGAGGACGCUGUCACGCUCAGGAAAUGA